GGAUGCUGACUCCGGCCCCGGGGCGGCUCGUUCCCCCGCUGCGCGCCGGCUCCGGCAGCGGGAGAGCCCCCGCCCUGCGCUCGGGCUGAAGUUCGCACGCCGACCUGCCCGCGCCGGCUGGCGAGGACUGUACCCCGGCGCCCGUUUGCCUGCCGAGCCGAGCCUGCCCCGACCCCUAAGAUGAAGAGGGCGAUCGCUGAAGGAAGCAAACUGCUGAUUUUGGUGCUUUGCUUGAACAUCCAGUCGGAAGUGGAAUCUUGCCCCGGGGCGUGUGUAUGCUACAGUGAACCCAAGAUCACAAUAAGCUGCCAGCAGCAGGGACUGGUAGUAAUCCCCACUGAGAUCCCCAUACAGACCCAGCGCAUCUUCCUGCACAACAACAAGAUAACCCUGGUGAGGUCCACCAGCUUCACGUCCUGCCGCAACAUGACUAUCCUUUGGAUCCAUUCCAACAACAUCAGCCUCAUCGAGUCCGGGGCAUUUUAUGGGCUUGACAAACUGGAGGAGUUAGACCUCAGUGACAAUGUGAACUUGAAGUCCAUCAAUCCCACCACUUUCCGGGGUCUCAUUCACCUUCACGCCUUACACCUGGAUCGCUGCGGGCUCCUGGAGCUCUCCACAGGGCUUUUCCGAGGGUUGUUCUCCUUGCAGCAUCUCUACCUUCAGGAUAAUAACCUGCAGAACCUGCUGGAUGACACUUUCCUAGAUCUUGCAAAUCUCACCUACCUGUUUUUGCAUGGUAAUAAAAUUAAGAGCUUGUCAGAGAAUGUCUUUCGUGGGCUGAUCAACCUGGAUCGGCUCCUGUUGCACCAGAACAGAGUCAGCCUGGUUCACCGCAGGUCUUUUCAUGACCUGGGGAAAGUGAUGACCUUGUAUCUGUUCAAUAACAACUUGACGGUGCUCACUGGAGAAACGAUGGCUCCCUUGGUCUCCCUCCAAUACCUUCGUUUAAAUGGCAACCAGUGGAUCUGUGACUGUCAGGCUCAGUCCCUCUGGAAUUGGUUUAAACAGUUUAAAGGAUCGUCGUCGGAGCUGGAGUGCCAUCUGCCCAGUAACUUGGCAGGGAGAGACCUCAAAAGACUGCAGAGCAGCGACUUGGAAGGAUGUAUUGACUCUUUCCAUCAGAUAAGAACAAGUGUUUUUAGUACUAAGACCAGAUCUGGCAAACUGCCAACCACCGACUCCCCUCUAAAUUCCCGGGACGGCGCCCAGAAGUGCUGCCAACCGGAAACGGAUAAAUCCUUUAUUUAUGAAGCCAAGGGCAAGGCAGGUCCGUCUUCACACAGCAGCCGGCCGUCCCCCAACAACCCUUUCAAAGACAAGGAGAACAUGUCCAAAACCAAGUACAUCGAAACGGACCCUUCCAAAAAUGGGAGCAACAAGCAGAUAAACGACUCCCCUUUUGGGACCUUCCCCAGCGUUAUAGACCCUCCCUUGACCAAGUUGAAACCAGAAUUCCUAGCUCCCAUUCAACCCUCCACAGUCCCAACCAAAAAGAGGCAGGGGUGCUCGAAAAAAAACAAGUCGAAGGCCCAGUGCCGCCUCACCCAGCAAGGAAACAGCACCACAUUACAGCCAAGCUUAAGUCUUUUGCUUCCCCUCUUGGCCUGGAGCUUACUGUUGUUAUGCUAAAAGCAACUCUUUCCCUUGGCCAAUGACACGUUAACACCAGUAUUUUGCUGACCUCCGUAAAUGUUGCAAGAGUGAAGCAAACUGCUAUACACCCCGAGAAAGCUUUGUUACACAAAAGUUAACUGGAUGCCUUUAUAAAAAAAAAAAAAA